CGGAGACUUCCGAGACUUCGGUCGGAGUUCAAUGGCGAUGUGUGUAAGGUGGGAAGUUUUGACGUUCGUGCACAAGAAAUGUCUAAAUUGGAUUCUUCUUGCCACUUUUAUUUGUACUGUGAAUUACGCAUGUAGUCAGGAUGAUCCUACGGAUCUGGCUGAACCGACGGUUGUUAUCGCCAUUCUUAUCAGGAAUAAGGCUCAUACAUUGCCUUAUUUUUUGACACUUCUGGAGAGGUUAGAUUAUCCGAAAGACCGCAUUUCUUUGUGGAUGAGAAGUGACCAUAACAUAGAUGACACCCUUACUGUUUUAAGAAGAUGGUUAGAUGUUGCAGAAAGAGAUUAUCAUUCUGUCAAUAUAAAACUCACAGAAUCUCCUCCAGAAAAUCUCCCUGAUGAGACAGGUCCAGCUCAUUGGUCUCCAGAGAGGUUUACACAUAUAAUUCAUUUGAGAGAAAAUGCUUUGAAUUAUGCUCGAGGUUUGUGGGCUGACUUUGUGUGGUUUCUUGAUGCUGAUGUCUUUCUGACUGAACCCCUUGCACUUCGUCAACUGAUUAAUAAGCGGUUCACUGUUUCGGCACCGAUGCUACGUUCUGAUGGGCUAUAUUCUAACUUCUGGUGUGGUAUGACUGAUGAUUAUUAUUAUCUUAGAACAGACGAAUAUCGCCCUACUCUGAAGAGAGAAAGGCAGGGGUGUUUUGUGGUCCCUAUGGUGCACUCAGCUGUACUUGUUGAUCUGCGACGAGCAUCAUCGCGUCAUCUUUCUUUCCUUGCAAGUAAUGUGCCUGGAUAUUCUGGUCCUCACGACGAUAUAAUUACUUUUGCUCUGGCAGCUAAUAAGUCUGGAAUACCCUUUCAUAUUUGUAACGAAGAGUUAUAUGGCUACAUUAUGGUUCCUUUGGAACAAACUGACUCUCUUGACGUUGAUUAUACCCAGCUGACAAAUUUAAAAUUAGAAGUUCUAGUGGAAAAUCCUCCUUUGCCCUAUAAUCAAAUGUUUGGUGAUUUUGUGACGUAUCCAAAAAAGGACACAUUGGGCUUUGAUCGAAUAUACAUGAUAAAUUUGUUGCGGCGACCUGAACGCCGUGAACGAAUGCAACAUUGUUUUGAUGAAUUGGGACUGCAAGUCACUGUCUUGAAUGCUGUGGAUGGGCGAAAGCUCAAUGCUAGUCUUCUUGGAGAACAAGACAUUCAUAUGAUGCCAGACUACCAAGACCCUUACCACAAAAGACCAUUGACAAUGGGUGAAGUUGGAUGUUUUCUAUCUCACUACAAUAUUUGGAAAGAGGUUUUGGCUCAUGGUGACCAAAAGGUCAUGGUUCUAGAGGAUGACAUUCGAUUUGAACCAUUCUUCAGACAGAAAGUUGCACGGUUGAUGGCAGAACUUGAAAGUUUAAAUAUUGAUUGGGACCUUGUGUACCUAGGAAGGAAACGCCUGCAAGAAGCAGAUGAACCAUGGGUGGAAGGAGCACAUUUGUUGGUCCAUGCAGGCUAUUCUUAUUGGACAUUAGGUUACUUAUUAAGUAACAGAGGGGCACAAAAACUUUUAGAUGCCCGUCCUUUGGAAAAACUGGUACCUGUUGAUGAAUACCUACCCAUUCUUUUUGAUAAACAUCCACAGGCAUCUUGGAAAGGACGGUUUCCUCGACGAGAUUUGCUUGCCCUUUCAGCUGCUCCAUUGCUUGUGUAUCCUACUCAUUACACAGGAUCAUUGUUUUGUUCUAAUUGGGGUAUAAGUAGAUUGUACUUGAAUCAUAGGUUUAUUUCCUUAAGAGAUAGGAGAAUUUCGCUGUGGCUGUUAGUUUUAUAGUGUCUUUUUCAAUCACGUAAGUAAUUACUAUGUUAAUAACAGCAAAAGUACAGUGUUGUUUUCCAUUCCAAUGAAUUUCAUGACAUAUGUUGAUAUUGUUUCUCACCUCAUGAAAAUGAAACACCAUAAUUUUGUUAAUGUGGAAACAUCUUUGGAUUAUGUAACUUAAAUGUAUCAGUGUGUAUUUUGGUAAAAUAUUGUCUUUUUAUACCUAUACCAUUUGUUCUUUACAUGAAAUUAAGAGUUUAGUGCAAGAUUUUUCAGAUGAAAUCACAAUGUAGGGUCAAAUAUGAAUAUUUGCAGUUAUCCUCAUUUCCAACAAAUUGAAAAUUUAAUCUAUUUUACAAAUCCGGAAGAAAUUAGUCUAAAUUGGCACAGGGUACAAGUACGUACAUUGUUUCCUUGAGAAUUGUGCAAAACUGCCUUGUUGUUAUAUAGUCAUAUCCACAAUUUUCUAGAGGAAAUUCUGUGCAUUUUAAUAAACAAUAUAUACAAGAAGAGGAGAAUUAUAAAAGUUAGUCAAUUUAUGAAGGGUGCAUGUAGUCACACUGCAGUGGAAUCAUUCAUUUUUUAAAUGAUAAUGCAAUAAUCCACAUAUAUCUAGUCCUGCCAAUUACACUUUUAAUCGGGUAACAUUUUGCCAUCUCUAAGUGUCCUAUGUCACUGUGGAAAUUGGUUUUCAUUACUGAAUUUUGCUACCAUGGAUUUUAUAGUUGCUGUCGCAUGCUUAUAGUUGCCCACUUGAUGUCACAUUACUGGAUCAGUACAAGAGUUCUCACUGAGGAGAAAACCCAGGAUCAAAUACUGAAAGUGGCUCAUUAAAAAAUUGGUGUGAAUUGCCUGGCUAAUUUGUGAUGGAUGCUGAAAAUAUGACUAGGCUUAAUCUGUGAAUAUAUGACAACCUCAUAUUUUUUGGGAGAAAACCUCAACUUAUAUUCAGGUAAAUAUGGUAUGCAUAUAUUUAUAUGUAUUAUGGAAACUACCCAUCACAGAGCUUGAAUUACCAUUGAAUCGGACAUUAAAGUGAUGUGACUGGUUGUUUUGUACAAAUGUCAAUUACUUAUUUUAAUUGAAGUAUGAAGCACUUAGUGCAUUUAUUAUUCAAAUUAUUUCAUGUGCAUCACUGUUUAAAACUGUACAUAAUUGCAUAACAGCCUUAACAGGUGAAGUUAAUUUUUCUUCCCUGGUUGAGAUUUUUUACCAUUUUUUAUUUACUUAAUAUGUAUUAAAGAAGAGGCAAACCCAACUUAAUAUUAGACAAAGUAAAGUUUUUUUUAGAAAGUAUGUUAUGGAUGGCUUCCUUUUCAGUGACCCAAAGUCUGUGAGUAAAUACAAAAUGUUAUUACACUAAUCCACUUAAUAUUGUAAGCAUAUAUUAAUUUGCUACUUAUACAUUUUAUCUCUCUAUGAAACCAAAUUUUGUCUAAAUUAAUUAGGUUUUCUGUGAAUGGCUUCUUCUUGUGUUUGCAAAAUCAAAACCUAGGAAGCUCUUACAAUAUUUCCAACUUCGUUUCAUUUGUAUUACUUAUUUGUAUAUGGUGAUGCAAUAGGAAUGAGUAUGUAAUUAAGCUAUAUCUGCAUAUGUUUUGUUUUGCUACACAAAACAUCAAAUAUUGACUUUUUUACACCCUUAGUAUACAGUUGUGAUAAAGAUGGUAUAUUUUUAAUGUGAGAUUGAAUGAAGUGCCUUUGGUCAUUUUAAAAUAUCAUGACUAUUUAUAAUCUUGUCACUAAGUGCCACAAUUUAUUUCAUUUCUGUAAAUAAUUUGCUGUGAAACAGGCCAGUUUGCAUUUAUCUGCCAUAUUUUUGUUACCAAAUGCCAUUUUAAUGUAAAAUCAAGUUGACUACUGAAACGUUCUCUUUUGUAAUUGGUGGAUAAGAAUGAUCGAAAGACCAUUCAGUGAAAAAUAUUGAAUUACAAUAUAUUAUCUGUUAAUUCAGUUCUCUCAUUUUCUCAAUUGCUGUGGUAUUGUCCCAGCAAUUGGGAAAAUUGUUUUUAUUAUUGUUAUAGCAGUCGACUUGAUUCAAAGUUUGUGAUUGUGUGAAUGAUAGUUAUGUUAUACAGUUUGUCACUUUAUCAUAUGCCAAAGACUGCCUAAUAGUGACAAAGUGAGUAAUAGAUAUUAUCUAAUCAUUAAGUCCUUCUUUGCUUAUAUGUACUAUUUACUUUAUAAAUGAAUUUUAAGAGAUGAAGUCUUUCCAUUUCCUUUUUAAACACAAUGGUGGGUUCAAGUGUGGAGAAUUAUUUUAUUGCUGCAGUUAAUACUAGAUGGUAAUGGUGCUCAACCUGCUGCCAUUGUAUUCCCCAAAGCAUUGCAUUUGACAUAAAAUCUGUGAAGGGAUUGAAAGCUUUCAUGAUGGUUUGUCUUUCAGAAUAUAGGAGAUUCUUCUACUGAAAUCUUGCAGUGUGGCUGCUCGACUUGCAGUGAUUAUGUUCUGGCCUCUAUGUACUCUUGAGGGGGCUGUCGUUCACUGACAUUUGCCUUCUCAGACAUUCUGACUUCAGGGACGUUGCUUAACUUGGGUUUUAAGAUAUUUUGUAUAUUUUAGCCAAUGAGAUUGUCUUUCUGUUGAUAUUAAGUUUUUUGUUGUUUUUUUCCCCAACACAAUUCCUGUGUGUUUUCAUGAUUAUAAAUAAGGAUCAAGAGAUCAAAACUUAAUUCCUAGACAAAAUGUAUGAAGUGGUAGUGUCAUAUGUAGUGCAAUAUGAAGUUAUAGUUUCUACUAUUUUUUAAAUUGAGCCUAUCUUUGCUGAACGUUCAUAAAGUUUAUAACUCACAUGAAACCUAUUUCAAAAAUAUUGUGGAAUUAAUACAUUUUGAUUUUUGUUCCACAAAUUUCCUCACAGCUCUAUGCGUUGAGAAAUGUACAAGCACAUUGUUGGGUGUCGUGACAAUCUCAUGGAAUGAGGUGACAGAGGCUGAAAGUGGACCAUUGACCAUGGAGUUGGUAGAGCUUUCAUUAUGUGGACAGGCUGUUGGAAUACUCAUGUGGUCAGAUUUAGAGACUAUAAUUCCUUGCUAGAGAAAUAACAGUGACCAUAAAGUUUUAGAAAAU